CCAGCCCUCCUCCUGAUUGUUAGCCGUCGCUACCGGCUUGUGCCUGUCUGCUGUCCCAGCCUGCAGCGCUGCAUCUCCCCGCGGCAGAGAGAGAGGCAGACAGAGACACACACAGAAAGGGAGAGAGAGAGAGAGAGAGAGACAGAAAGGGAGGAAGGUGCUCUCCGGGGCGGUGGCGGCGGUGUCCUGCAACCUCAAUGACCAGAACCUUGACAUCCGAACCUGACAGGGCAGGGCUGUAAUCCAUUUCUAUGACAACGGAGGCGAUUUUGGCAGGGGAGAUGAAGACGGCAAUGGAGGGUGACGCCAGGAGGACCAAUCAGGUUCCUGAGGACCAGGGCGAACUGGAUGAUAGCUCAGAGAAAACCCCCAGCAAAGCGUCCAGGUCGCCCCAGAAAACGACCAAACGGCUCAAGACUGUCCCUGUCAAAGUGACUCUCCUUGACGGCUCGGAGUACGACACUGCAGUUGAGAAAUUUGCCAAGGGCCAGACUCUGCUGGACAUGGUGUGUGGCCAUCUGAACCUGCUGGAGAGAGACUACUUUGGUCUGACUUUCAUUGACUCUGAUAGUUCUAAGAACUGGCUGGAUCCAUCCAAAGAGAUUAAGAAGCAAAUUCGGGUUGGUUCGUGGACCUUUGGGUUUGCCGUUAAGUUUUAUCCUCCGGACCCAUCUGUUCUGAUUGAAGACAUCACAAGGUACUACCUGUGUCUGCAACUGAGAGACGACAUCCUUUCCGGCCGUCUCCCAUGCUCGUUUGUCACACACGCACUGCUGGGCUCCUACACCGUCCAGGCCGAACUGGGAGACUACGACCCCGAGGAACACGGACCGGACUACGUCAGCGAAUUCCACUUUGCUCCAAACCAGACGCGAGAGCUGGAGGAGAGAGUGAUGGAGUUGCACCGUAACUACAGGGGCAUGACUCCAGCAGAAGCAGAGAUGAACUUCCUUGAAAAUGCUAAGAAGCUCUCGAUGUACGGAGUGGAUCUGCAUCAUGCAAAGGAUUCUGAGGGAAUAGACAUAAUGCUCGGCGUUAGCGCAAACGGGCUGCUUAUCUACAGAGACCGCCUGAGGAUCAAUCGCUUCGCCUGGCCGAAAAUUCUCAAGAUUUCUUACAAAAGAAGCAACUUCUACAUCAAAAUCCGUCCCGGAGAGUACGAACAGUUUGAGAGCACCAUAGGCUUCAAGUUGCCCAACCACCGGGCCUCGAAGCGAUUGUGGAAGGUCUGCAUAGAGCACCACACCUUUUUCAGGUUGGUUUCCCCAGAGCCACCCCCGAAAGGCUUCCUCGUAAUUGGCUCCAAGUUUCGCUACAGUGGGCGGACCCAAGCGCAGACGAGGCAGGCCAGUGCUCUGAUCGACCGCCCCGCCCCGCAGUUUGAUCGGUCCGUCAGCAAGCGGUACCUGCAGCCACGGAGCAUAGAUGGAGCCUCAGCUUUGGGUGACAGUAUGGAUCAGCUAUCGCAGAGAAGCUCUAGUGAACGCACACAGUUUAUGUCCAGGGAAGACCUGGAUCAGGAGGGCAGCCUUGACCUGGACCAUGAUCACUAUCUCUAUCAAGACCAGGACCAGUACAUAGACCAGGAAGCGGAGCACCAGGAUGGACAGAAACAGCCAAUGGGAGCCAUCAGCUCAACGCCCACAAAGGCUUUGGAGCUCAAGGAUGAGGAGCCAGGCUUUCCUAUAGACACAAAACCAGAGGAUGUGGUGCACCUUCGGCCCAAACAGGAGCAGUUUCUGGACAAGCCAGAGGACGUCUUGCAGAAACACCAAGCCAGCAUCAACGAGCUGAAGAGAGCUUUGAAGCAGCCGAACAGCAAGAAGGCGCCAAGAGAGAAGCGCCUGCCUUCAGGAACUCCUCCUGCAGGAACCCCGGAACGGAAAACGGACACGCCCCCGACCCCUGCCAUCCACGAGGAGCAUUUCAGCGAAAGUUCGAAGGAACCAUGGGAGAGACGCCUAGGCUCUGUAUCUGAGGAUGACCAGGAUCAUGACAUCCUCUACCUGAAGGAAACCCACCUGGGCAUCGAGCGCAAGUGUUCCAGCAUCACUGUGAGCUCGACCUCCAGCCUAGAGGCUGAAGUAGAUUUCACCGUCCUUACAGAUCUGCAAACGGGCAUGGAGGAGUUCUCCAGGGGUAUGUCAGAGUUGGGAGAGAGAGAUCUUUCACCCGACGGGGGGCUGCGCUUCGGGAUCGACUUGCUCCAGCAGCAAGGCCCCCCCGAGCCACCGCCUCCGUUAGUGUCCGCUCCUCUCACCAGAGGAGCGAGUGGUAGCCCUCCGGCCAAACUCAUUCAAGCUGAAGAAGUCCGACCAGAAGUCCGACCCGAGGUCAGACCAGAAGUCCGACAAGAUGUCAAAAGACCCGACGGCCAGCCUGUUGUGCCUAAAAAACCAAAGAGGUCAGUGCCAGUGUCGUCAUCAGUGGACAGAGAUCAGUCGCACAAAGAAGCCAGUCGCCUCCCUACAGUAGCGCCUCUGAGCAGAGAGGCUAGUGAUGUCAUGCCCACCCCGACAGUGAGAAAAACCGACACCAGGACAGAGACUCAGCCCAACGGGUCAGAGCUCACCACCACCAUAGUGGAGUUCACAGAUCAGGAUCAUGGCAUCACGUCGCUAAGCGAGGUCUCUUACUCUACGAGACAAAGCGUAUCUCCAGUGCACAGAAGCGGUUUUGGAAGAGAGUCGGCUGGUUCGCCUAUCCUUGUCGCUGAAAACGUUACCUCAGCAACCACUCACGUCUCAAAGACAGUGAAGGGUGGAUACUCUGAGACGAGGAUUGAAAAGAGGAUUAUAAUCACUGGAGAUGACGACGUGGACCAAGAGCAGGCUCUGGCUAUUGCAAUACAGGAAGCCAAGCAGCAGCAUCCGGACAUGCAGGUGACCAAGGCGGUCGUCAUUAGGGAAACCGAACCAUCUGCUGAGGACCGACAUGGCACCACAUAGUCUCGUUUUUUUACUGGAGCAAGAGUGCCCCCGUGUGGACCAGAGGUGUCAGUGCCGGAGCUGAAGAUGCCACCCACACCAACCCCCACUACAUAAGAUGACGGUCAGCAGGGCUCCGGACAGAGAUUCGCUUGUACAAUGGUGAAAUGGACCUUUUAAACUUUUAGAUUUGCAUUGAAGCAUUUCCUGUCAUUUUGAUCUAAGGAGCCACUCUUAGUCAAGCUGCAAAAAUGCUGUAUGAUUCACGCUCUUCAGACGACGAUCCGCCUGGAAACCCAACAAAAUACCAAAACACAAUGAACAAUUAAAGUCAUGAUCCGACCAAAUUCCCCUGCAAAACCUCUCAGGACCUUGAUGUUCAAAACGCUCGGUUGAGUAUUCCUUAAAGGAAGAUAUAGUUUGAGAAUUUCUGUUAAAUGAAUCACUGUGGAAUAAUCAGACCUCAUCCUUCAGAUUUCAUAGAACGAAAUUUGGGAAUAUCUUCGUGAUCAAUAAUUAAUUUAGCAAUGCUAAUGUGUCUGGAACUGAAUUUGUUUCUUUGUUGAUCUAUGAAGUAGCCAAUAACAAAUUCAGAAAAGAAGGUUUCAAAAUAAUUUCCUGAAAAGUUUUCACUUCUCCACUUCUGCCUCGAUUGAAGGAGGAAACGUCUUCUUUGAACGAUGAUGAUCACGCGUUGAUUAAGGGGAAUUCUUGUCUCUGCCUGAUCACUUGAAGUCCCUUUGUCUUUUUCAACCAGCUUAUUUUCCGCGUGUUUUUUUGAUGUGACGUGUGGGUGGCGAGUAUGCAGGGAUGCACACAUGCUGCAGGAGCUGCUGUUGCACUGUGGAGCUGUUGGAUUGAAUCAGAACAGUGUGAAAAGUAUUGAUGAACCCAAGUUCCUCUCCUGUCCCUGCCUUUAGAUAAGCUUUCACAGUCCGUCUGGAUGUAAGCCACUUUGGCUGUUUUGUGUGGUGAAGCUCAUAGAGUAGACUCAAAACACAGCUGCAUCGGUAAAAGUAGUAUUUGAGAUAAUGUCUGCAUGAUAUAAUUUCUUGCAUUACUGGAUUGUAAUAAGACUAUAAAAAUGGAUGCUGAUGCAGAAGGAGGAAGCAAACUGACAGAUCAUGAAGAUUUAGGCUCAAAUAUUCGCAAUUAUGUUUCUUGUGAAGGAACGGGAAAAUCUGUUCUACUCUAUAACUGAAAACUCGGAGAAAGUGAAUCAUUACGGUUGAGCCUUUAAAUUUUUAAUCCAUUUGCAUCUCAUUUUGAUGGUGCUGUAUAAGAUAUCUAAACAUAUCAGUUCACUUAUUUUAUUCAAAUCUUAAGGAACGUCAAAGGUUUUGCAGGCCCGCGUUUUGUUGCACUGUUUUUUUUUUUUUUUUGUUACUGACUUGCAACAAUACUUUGUUCUUCUUCCAAACUGUUUUGCUUACAUGGUAUUAUGCAUCUGAACUCUUCUGAUGUGUCAUGUAAAGUACGCCGUCAUAAGUAGAAUACAGUGUAGGAGAAACAUCUCUGAACCUUUAGCUGUGUGGGAAUUAGUACUUGAAUGUUAGACGAAUGCCACAGACGUGUAAUGUGCCAAUUGAGAUAGCAGUAAAAUUGUACAAAUGCCGGUUUUGUAUUGAAAAAGAAAAAAAAAAAAACUUUUUUUAUAAAUGAGCUCCUUUUAAUUGUAUAAGUGCCAGAGAGACAAAUACAUAAACUUGGCAUGACAAGGUUUCCCUUUAAGUAUGCUGUCUUUAAGAUGUGGAGAAGAAACAAUUCAUGAAUACAAUUUCUGUCUGUUUGCCAAACCCAUAUUGUUAAUCAAAUUUAUGCACCAUGGAAAGAAAAAAAAAAUACAUUCAGCAAAUUAAAAAUAAGACAAUGCAACACAUUGUCAUGUCAGGUUUAUGAAUGCACUACUGAUAAUUUUUGCUUUCAAACACUAAACUUUACAAUGUUCACAUGUGUGGUGUAACUUCUGUUGUGUUUCAGAUUUUGGUUCUGUAUUUUUUAAGAGUAAAAAAAAACAAAACAAAAAAAACAUAUGGCAGUGUGCAGCUGGAGGGUUGAAGGAAAGAGAAAUGCAGCCUUUUUUUUAAUCCCUCUUGCUGUUCUUUUGAUGCCGUUUGGUGGAUUGUAGAAGACGUGAAGUACGUUAGUGAAUGACUAUGGGCAGGAUGUGCACUAGGGGGCACCAGUUACCUAAAAGUAUCGAGCUUUGCAUCAACACUAAGCGAACCCAGCUGAAAUACUUCUCACCAUUAACAUUGACAUUCUGCAUAAUCCUGUUCGGAGCAGCCUGUUGGGACAGACUGACCAGGAUAGGCUGAAAAAAGGGCACAUUUGUGGAAGUUUGAUAUCCAGGAAGAAUCAGCUUGGGGAAGCCGUGUCCGAUUAACUCCGUGUCUCCGCUCCAUUUCCUCUGCUCUGCUGCUCUCCAUUGCUUGGUGCUGUGUCUAUGCUGUACAUUGUGCUUCAUCCAAAAAACAAAUAAAGACCGACAGAAAGCUGAA